AUGUAUCGGAUAACAGCAUUAUCGCGUGCUGCCAAGAAACCAUUAUUGCAUCUUAGUGCUGCUACUGCUCGUCCUGCUCAACGCAAGGUGCCUGCUUUUGCAUCUUCUUCUUUCCAUACCCAGCACGCCACACUUGCAAAGGCUGCUACCAACGACGCCAACGAUGGCUUUUUACAUGGCAAUGCAGCCAUCUACAUUGAGGAAAUGUAUGAGGCAUGGCUCAAGGAUCCCUCGUCAGUGCACUUGUCGUGGCAGGUUUACUUCAAGAACAUGGCCAACGGCGUUGCCCCUGGAAAGGCAUACUCUCCUCCACCCACUUUGGUGCCAUCCGCCAGUGCACGUCUUCCUAGUUUGCCUGAUGCUGUUGUUCCUAAUGCCGCCAACGGUUCAUCAAGCGAGAUUAUUGACCACAUGAAGAUCCAACUUCUCGUGAGAGCAUAUCAGGUGCGAGGUCAUCAUUUGGCCAACCUUGACCCCUUGGGCAUCCAACACGCCGACAUCCUCAAUUCCAGCCCUCCCGAAUUAUCCCACUCCUACUAUGGUUUCACAGAAAAGGAUCUCGAUCGUACCUUCUCUUUGGGCCCUGGCAUCCUCCCUGCUUUCAUGGACAAGGGCAAAUCACUCACGCUUCGUGAAAUCAUGGAUAAUCUCAAAAAGACGUAUUGUGGCUCCAUUGGUAUCGAAUACAUCCACAUUCCCGACCGUGCACAAUGCGAUUGGAUUCGCGAACGUAUCGAAAACCCACAACCCUUCAAGUACACUGUCGAUGAGAAGCGCAUGAUCUUUGAUCGCCUUACUUGGUCUGAUAGCUUUGAACGCUUUGUUGCUUCAAAGUACCCCUCUGAGAAACGUUUUGGUCUUGAAGGUGGUGAAUCUUUGAUUCCUGGUAUGAAGGCUUUGAUUGAUCGCUCUGUGGAUCAUGGUAUCGAAUCCAUUGUUAUUGGUAUGCCUCAUCGUGGUCGUCUCAACGUCCUCAGCAACGUGGUCCGUAAGCCCAAUGAAUCCAUCUUUUGCGAAUUCAGUGGUUCUGUUGAACCUUCUGAAGAAGGCUCUGGUGAUGUAAAGUACCAUCUUGGUAUGAACUAUGUUCGCCCUACUCCUUCUGGCAAGCGUGUGCAUUUGUCUUUGGUUGCCAACCCCUCCCAUUUGGAAGCUGUCAACCCUGUUGUGCUUGGCAAGACCCGUGCUCUCCAAUACUACAGCAAGGAUCAAGAUCGUAACCACUCCAUGGCCAUCCUUAUGCAUGGUGAUGCCGCUUUUGCUGGUCAGGGUAUCGUGUAUGAGACUAUGGGCUUCCACGACUUGCCUGCUUACUCCACCGGUGGCACCAUUCACAUUGUUGUCAACAACCAAAUUGGUUUCACCACCGAUCCCCGCUUUGGUCGUUCCACAUCCUAUUGUACCGAUAUUGCCAAGGCUAUCAAUGCACCUGUGUUCCACGUAAAUGGUGAUGAUGUUGAAGCUGUCACCUAUGUCAUGCAACUUGCUGCUGAUUGGCGCCAAACUUUCCACCGUGAUGUUGUCAUUGACUUGGUGUGCUAUCGUAAACACGGCCACAACGAGACCGAUCAACCCAGCUUCACUCAACCAAAGAUGUACGAGGCUAUUGCCAAGCAACAACCGGUUGCCAAGUUGUAUGCUGAUCAACUCGUCAAGGAAGGUAGCUUCACUGGUGAAGAAGUUGAAUCUAUCAAGAAGCGUGUAUGGGGUAUCUUGGAAGAUAGCUAUGCAAAGAGCAAGGAUUACAAGCCUACUUCGCGUGAAUGGCUUAGUAGCUCAUGGCCUGGUUUCAAGUCUCCCAAGGAAUGUGCUGAAGAAAUCCUUCCUCAUCACCCUACCGGUGUUCCCAUGGAGACCCUUCAAAAGAUCGGCAAUUCUUUGACCAACUUGCCCGAGACUUUCAAUGUGCAUCGCAACCUUAAGCGUAUUAUCCAAAACCGUGGCAAGGCAUUGGCAUCUGGAAAGGAUAUUGAUUGGUCAACGGCUGAAGCUCUUGCAUGGGGAUCUUUGUUGUUGGAAGGAAAGCACGUGCGUUGCUCCGGUCAAGAUGUAGAGCGUGGUACUUUUUCACAACGCCAUGCUGUUCUUCAUGAUCAAAAGACCGAUGAAUUAUACACCAUGCUCAACCACAUCGCACCUGAUCAAGCUCAGCUUGCUAUCAGCAACUCGUCCCUCUCCGAAUAUGGUGUCCUUGGUUUCGAACUUGGUUACUCGCUUGUCGAUCCCAAUGCUUUGAUCAUGUGGGAAGCUCAAUUUGGUGACUUUGCCAACGGUGCCCAAAUCAUGAUUGAUCAAUUCCUUGCCGCUGGUGAGCAAAAGUGGUUGCAACGUUCGGGUCUCGUUUUGUCAUUGCCCCAUGGUUAUGAUGGUCAAGGUCCUGAACAUUCAUCUGCACGCAUUGAGCGAUAUCUCCAGUUGUGCGAUGACAACCCCUAUGUCUUCCCAUCACCCGAAAAAUUGGAUCGCAUGCACCAAGACUGUAAUAUGCAGGUUGUUUAUGCAUCUACUCCCGCUCAAGUCUUCCACGUUUUACGUCGUCAAGUCAACCGUGAAUUCCGUAAACCCUUGAUUUUGCCCUUCUCCAAGUCAUUAUUGCGUCAUCCUCUUGCUCGCUCAAGUCUUGAAGAAAUGUCAGGUGAUAGCAGCUUCCAACUUUAUUUGCCAGAGCCCCAUCCCGAGAACCUUGAUGCACCUGAAAAGAUCACCAAGCACGUUCUUUGCAGUGGCCAAGUCUAUUACAACUUGCUCAAGGCUCGUGAUGCAAACAACCUUACCAAUGUGGCUAUCUCGCGUGUUGAACAACUCAACCCCUUCCCUUACCAACAAGUGAAGGAACACGCUGACAAGUACCCCAAUGCUGAGAUCAUUUGGUGUCAAGAAGAGCCUAUGAAUAUGGGUGCUUGGGGACAUGUCCAACCUAGAAUCACCACUGCUCUUUCGCAAACUACCCACCAUGCUGGCAAGAAACCCAAGUACACAGGUCGUGAACCUUCAGCUUCGGUGGCCACUGGUAACAAGAAGAAGCAUUAUCAAGAAGAACAAGAGCUUAUCAAUGCUGCUCUCUUGACCGAGGCAUAG